GUGAGACAGAGAGGGGGGCAGAGACUAAGCGAGUGACAGCGAGCAAGGAGACCCGUCGUGUUCGCAAGCAGCGCGACAACAACAACAAGAAGCAGAACGAGCGAGCCAUGUGUGACGAGCAGAGCCCAGAGUACUCCUCGGACGAGGUCGGCGACGAGGACGAUCAUGAGGACGUGGACGACCUGAUGUCCGUCGCCUUCGCCGAGGCUUCCCCCCCCCCUCCGUGCGUGGAGCGCCGCGUGGGCUCGCUGAGCAAGUGGACCAACUACCUGCACGGGUGGCAGGAGCGCUGGCUCGAGCUGCGGGACAGCACCCUGAGCUACUACAAGAACGAGAGCGACUCCGCCUACGGCUGCCGCGGAUCCAUCUGCCUGAGCAAGGCGAACGUCGUGCCGCACGAGUUUGACGAGUGUCGCUUCGACGUCGGCGUCAACGACAACGUGUGGUACCUGAGAACGGAGCACCCGGAGCUCCGGCAGCAAUGGAUCGAGGCCCUGGAGCAGAGCAAGUCGAUCUUUCGAGAAUCAACUUUAUACACUACGACAUUCUCAUCUUGGGGACAACGUGUACUCUCUGCUGCCAAACUAACUCUUCAAGCAAGAGAAGAGAAGACCAAUAUGAGAAAGGCGGAGUCUGGCUAUGGAUCUGAAGCAAAUCUGCGCCGCCAUGGCUCCAUGCUGUCGGUCACUUCUGCUACGAGCAGCUUCUCGGCCACCUCAACCUCUUCCUUAAAGAAGGGGCGCAGCCUCAGGGAGAAGUUGUUGGAGCUGGAAACGUUCCGAGACAUCCUGUGCCGCCAGGUGGACUCGCUACAGAAGUACUUCAACGCCUGCGCGGGUUCCAAGGACUACCUGCACCGGGACACAGCGGAGCUGGAGGAGGAUGUCGAUGACGAUGAUCUGCCUACGCCGCGACCUAAUGGAGAGGUUCCGCCCAACAGCAAUGGCAGUAAGGACAAAGUGUUCCCACCUCACUUGCCCAAGGGAAUGAAUGGGCUGGAUUUCAAAGGGGAGGCUAUCACGUUUAAGGCCACCACUGCUGGAAUCCUGUCCACACUUUCACACUGCAUCGACCUCAUGGUGAAAUGCGAGGAGGGCUGGCAGAAGCGUCUGGAGAAGGAGCAGGACAGAAGGAGGCGCUUGGAGGACGCUUACAGAUACGCGAUGGACAAGCUGACGGCAAAGGCUUACAUGGCAGGCCCGGAUUUUGAGGAAGGGCCCAACAGCAUCAUGAACGAUGAGGAAUUCUACGAUGCCGUGGAGGCUGCAUUGGACCGGCAAGACAAGAUAGAGGAGCAGAUCCACGUGGAGCGGACUCGCAGCAUCGUACCUACCUCCAUCGCCUCCACGGAGACAUACGCGUCCGUGGGCAACCACCGCUUCUCCCAGCAGUUGGAGGAACUGAUUCAGAAGCACAUGGAGUACUCUCUUCAAGAUCUUGGAGGUGACGCCAACUGGCAGCUCAUCGUGGAGGAGGGCGAUAUGAAGGUUUACCGGCGGGAGGUGGAGGACAAUGGCAUCGUGCUGGACCCUCUGAAAGCCACACACACCGUGAAGGGCGUCACCGGCCAUGAGCUGUGCCACUACUUCUGGGACGUGGGCGUCAAGAAUGACUGGGAGACAACCCUUGAAUCCUUCAGAGUGGUGGAAACACUGGCAGACAACACAGUUAUAAUAUAUCAAACACACAAGCGCAUAUGGCCGUCCACGCAGCGAGAUGCCCUGUACCUGUCCUGUCUGAAAAACGUCUCCGCUGCCAAGGAAAACUACCCCGACACGUGGAUCGUCUGCAACCUCUCCGUUGAUCACGCAGAUGUGCCCGUGACUGGAAAGUGCGUGCGGGUAAAGAUCAACAUCGCCAUGAUCUGCCAGACGUUCGUGAGUCCACCAGAGAAUGGGCAGGACAUCAUGCGAGACAACAUCCUCUGCAAGAUCACCUACGUGGCCAACGUGAACCCUGGAGGCUGGGCCCCUGCUGCUGCCCUGAGGGCCGUGGCCAAACGGGAAUACCCCAAAUUUCUCAAGAGAUUCACUACCUAUGUCAAAGAGAGGACGUCCAACAAGGCCAUCAUGUUCUAGAUACGGGUCUAAUGAAGGCCUGCUGAUGACCUCACUGCAAAUGGAGCUUGAAGUUGGUGUUUUACUCACUGAAGUCCGUACAAGCCUUCAACGGCCAGGACAUGCUUUCUAGAGGAUAUCCAAUCCAGCCGGUCACAUCAGCCAUGCAUAUCCUUGUCACUUUUGGCACAACACUGACAGUCAUGUAUAGUACAACUUCCCCUGUUAAGCUCCCCUCGUGCUGUUCUGUUCCAUGUGCUUACCGCUGAUCGGUUUGGAAGCUAAUAGAGCAAACCUCACAGAGAAUAUUUUUUUUAUUGCAUUGGAAACUAAUGGAUUUUUUAGGUUUUGGGAUUUUAUAAAUGUUCAAACUCGGUGUCUUACCAAUAGGUUAUUGACUAUUCCAUUGAUUUUAUAUAUUAUUUUUUACAAAUGUCUUUGUCAUUUUCUAUAGCUAUAGACCAUCCAUGUAGGUUUGUGUUUUACAUUAACAGAUGAGCUACCAAGCUAUGCUGUUGCCAAAUUGCUCAUGUUUUGUUGGCUUCGAGGCUUUGAGGCACGUGGUUGUAUAUGUAAGGUGAAAUUUAGUAGGUGAUAUUGCUGCCUUCCACCGGAUUGGAAAUUUGAUAACGCAUAUCCACACAGAGCUCACAGUACACCAUCCACAUUCAAACUCUCGCACGUUAGCGGUGCACAGUUUAGCGUUGUGAAUCAAACAUCAUGUUCCGUCUAAAAUGUAUAUUUUAAGUGCUCGUAUAAAAGAUGCAGUUUAAUAACAUUGUCCAACAUUACAUUUUAAAGUUUAUUAGUAGAUGCCAAGGUUUUUUUUUUCUACUGAAACUCGCAUACCUUGUACAGUUUCUACUUUUGCCUUAACUAGUUCGUGUGACUUUGCUCGAGUGAAGAACUCUUCUGAGUCCUGAUGGGCUUGAGUCCAAUCAUCCUUGCACGUCGUCGCGACGACGACUCCCUUUGGUGGUGUAGCGUAUGGCUAGGCAUGAUUUACACACGUGGUGCAUUUCAUGACACUUGUGUUGAAUGAUAUAUCUGAUUUUUUUUUAAAUAGAUGCAAUAUAUAUGAAAACAAAAAAUCGUACUGUAUCCUUUAUAAUUUCAUCAUGAAAUAGCCAGGAAGCACUUUGCAUUAAUUCCAACUUUUGGGGAAAAUUAUAACAUCGGGCACCUGGUGGAUAUUAUGCGGAUAUCAUAAUGAGAUGUGUAUAUCUGGAUGAAAAUGUUUUUUUUAAACCUUUAUCUGUAUACUGUUGGUCAGUGAGAAUUGAGACUCGUGUCAUAAACAAAAACUGUCGCUGGAUGUGUCCCUGGUGUCUUCGACUCCACUGGGGGACAUUCUCAGCCUUAGCUUGGAGCUGUCUUGAUAAGUGGCAGAGAGCACAGUCUUGGAGACUGCUUUAGCCCUGUAAUAAAAUAACAAACAACCAUAAUUUUGGGGGGUUUUUGUGUGUUAGAGGAAAAAAAUGUAGAUUGAGUUGAAAAGAUCAAUAUGUUCUGCAUAAAGGUGGAACUGGGAUAUUGCAAAUCUCAAUAUCCCAGUCAAGACACUGGGUUAGGAUAACUUAAAGCUGUUUUCCCUAGGAGGACAUGAAAAUAACGAGUUUAAAGUUCCGUUAUGUUUACCAUUUCCGUGGCACUACAACCAUUAAUCGCAAGAGUGGAAAAUACGAAAUGUAUCACAGAUGUGAUUACGGGUGUUUGGUGAUGUAAGCGAACACAAGUUAAGUAAGCUGAGUGUUGUGCAGCAUUGUGCUGCUGUUACAAUGUGUGCUCUACAGCGAGCUACAUGCAUUGUACAUCUAUAUGAGAUGAUUUUUUUUCAUAUAGGUUGCACCAAUGUACCGUUAUGCAGUGCUGACUAAUAACAUCCUUUUUGUGUGUGGUUAAAUUAAAAACAUUUUAUUUUUGUAACUCAAUGUUUUAUUUUCGUACCAGGAACAGCAGCUUUUAGCCCAAACACCAUCGGUUAACACUGCAGUAAUUAAAACCGCAUAGUAUUGGUGUAGAAAAGUAAAAGAUUGCACCCAUAUAUGAUUUGUAGAGUUUUAAAGGGCGACGCCUGACAUUUGAUCAAUCUCAAUUUGGCAUUAAGGACUUGAACAUGAGCUAUAGGAAAUUCGGUAUUCACCAACCACGCUGCUUUUAAUCAUACAUAGUACAGUGUUGCACACGCGUACAUGAAGGUUUAAAAUGUAAAACGUGUGGCCUUUACGAUUGCAUUUGGUAAAAAAAUGUCUGUAAAAUUGCAAGACGUAUUAUCCUACAAUUGGGCAUUUUAUUACAGAAUGUGAUACGUUUAAGAUGUACCUGUACAUUUUUGUUCGUCUUUUUAUUUACAACUUUUUCUGAUAACAAGCUUUUUAUACCCGCAUGUAUAGUUGGUUUCUUUCUGGUGCGCAUUGUAAAUUGAGUUUGCGUUGCGUAGAAUUAUUGAAACUGCUGCAAAUCAUUUGUCAUUUUAAGAAGUACAGUAUAGAGAUUAACUUUAAAGUCUUAAGUUUAAGAUACGUUUAAAACGUCAUCUGUAACACUUUAAGGAGCACCAUUGAUUAAUUUUAAAAUUGCGUUUAAUGUUGUAAUAGCUUUCUUAAUAGGUAGCUUAAGUCCCCUUAUUUCAAUGCACAUUUGCUGUCUGCUGCAGUGCCACUUUGAAAUUAUCCCAAAAAACAAUCAUAGGUCUCCCUACUAAUACUACUACCGUACCAGUUGUUACAGAACGCCAUACAUGGGGUGUAUAUUACUUUAACCCGAACCUGUACUAGUUAAUGCAAUCUUGCUCUAAGCACGCAAGUACGGCAUUAAAUUGUGCAGAGCACCACCUCUUGUGGGUUUGAGUCGUCAUAAUCCACUGCUGCUUUUUUAUCUGCAGAGACAGAUGCGUAAUCUAUGGAUAAAGAAGAUGCGAAUUCCAAAUCCCGUACAGCAUUUAUCUUUGAGACUUGUUCUGCUGUAUUAUGGCCUGUAGCAUGUCCUGUAGAUUGUGUUAAUGAUUGAAAGCCUAAGUUGUGUUAAUGUUGUAAGUUGUGUACGUUUUCGUUUUUACCUUAUUUGAUGUUGUGUUUUUUGCAAUUAUCUAUCGUUUGUAGGUUUGUUUUAUUUUCAAUGUGCACACAGUUGGUGAGAUUGUAGCAAGAUGCUUGGUGAUGAAUAAAAUGCAGUUCUUGUGGUCUGCCCUCACUCUGCUGUUAUAUUCAUGCCACCUGUCGCAUCAGGCAAAAGUGCCUCCGCUCUAAUUCCGUCAGUGUCAAAACUGGCGACACUGACCGCAACUGGAAGUGUGUCUGCACUGUUUACCAUUUCGAUUUGCGAAGGGGAUAAAUGUCGGAGGUUGCAGUAACUAGUGACAUGCGUACGGUACUGUUGGUGAGAGCACAGCUGUAGAAGUAACUCCACGAAGCUCAAAGUCGCCAGAUGAAAUGACGAUCGCAAUGGGAAUUUCAUCUCGCACGUAACGUUUUUUUGAUCCUGUGGAUUGAAUUUGAAAUUGGUUCGUAUUCGGUUGGUGUCAACCAAUCGGCAUGAAGCUUUGAGAAGUCUUUUUAAGUGGCAGGCUUUCACAGUCACGCUUUAAUUGAUACAUGAAUUCUGCAUAGCCGAAAGAAAUAACAUCUCAUGCCAACUUGCACUAAGUAAUGUAAAUACAUUUGUUGGGGCUGAGUUGGUGGCCGGAUUGUUUCUCCAAAUUGUGUUAAGGUCGUGACUUUCCUGCGAGAUGUAUCUGGCAUUUCAGGGGGGUGUGGGAUCUAUAAAUGACGAUCAAUAUUUUCAAAUGAGAGAUUUUACUUAAAACUACAUUGGAAAGUUUUGUUAACACCCUUUGGAAUUUAAAUAAGCAGCUGGUGAUUUGGGUCUCGUUGUUUACGAUGACAAUGAACGUUUGGUUUAUAUAAAUUCUCAAGAAUUAAACAAUAAAAUGUGUUAAGAGGUUUUUAAUUGUGUGCCUUGUUAUUUGAUUUAGAUAACAUUGUUUUUGGUAAAAUUGUGUUUUUGAUUCUAAGACAUUUGCUUUGAUUUGCGGUCCGAUCGUAAUUCUAAAUACUGCAUAACUAAGAAUUCUCAAAUAAACACUCUACGUUCAAAGGUU